UGGCGUGCAAGUUUCUGUUCAACGUCUUGCUGGAUUUAAUGAAUAAUGAAUUAUUCCACAUCGGGACAUCGGUAAGAUGCUGGGAAUCGUCCAAUCCACGGUCAGCAGAGUACUAAAACGAUACUUCGAGAACAUAACCAUCGACCGGAAGGUGAAGAACGGCAAAAAUGGAUGCUCCGUCAGUGAAAAAGAUCACAAGCGCGUAGUUAAGAAGUUUAGACGAGAUCCGAGAAGUUCGGUCCGGGAUGUCGCCAAUAAGCUGAAUUUGUCAAGUUCAUUCGUCCAGCGGACCAAGCAGCGGGAGGGCCUGCGUACAUACAAGGUUCAGAAGGCUCCUAACCGCGACGACAGGCAAAACAUGGUGGGGAAGACGCGAGCCCGGAAGCUGUACACCAAAAUGCUGACGAAGCCGCAUUGCCUGGUAAUGGACGACGAAACCUACGUCAAAGCGGACUUUCGUCAGUUUCCGGGCCUGUUGUUCUUCUCCACAGAGGACAAAUUCAGCGUUCCGGAGGAGAUUCGCAAGCAGAAACUAUCCAAGUUUGUCAAAAAGUACAUGGUGUGGCAAGCGAUCUGCUCUUGCGGAAAGCGGAGCGCCCCCUUCGUGAUGACCGGCACGGUGAACGGGCAGGUUUAUUUUAAGGAGGGCCUACAGAAGCGCUUACUACCACUAUUGAAGCAGCACGAGGGCCCGAUCAUCUUCUGGCCGGAUCUCGCUCCGUGCCACUAUUCAAAGAACGUGUUGGAGUGGUACGAAGCCAACGGGGUCACCUUCGUGCCAAAGGAAAUGAACCCGCCCAACGCGCCGGAGCUUGGCCCAAUAGAGAAAUAUUGGGCGAUUAUGAAGCAGGCCCUCCGGAAGAACCCAAAAGUUGUCAAAUCGGAGGCGGACUUCAAGAGAAAAUGGAUUUCUGUUCAAAAAAAACUACAACCUGACGUUGUACAGAACCUUAUGGACGGGGUAAAGAGGAAGGUGCGAGCAUACGGGCUUGGGCUCGAAGUAUGAAUAAAAAGAAAAUGCCAAAACUUGUUUAAUAGUUUUUAUUUUACUGUCUAAAAUUUUCAAAAGGAUCGGUCUACUGGGCGAAUUUCUACAGCGUUUUUUCCGUGAUGCAAUUUGAUGUGACACACCCUUUAAAUUGAUUUUUUAUUCCUCUAUUCCACGCCGCGAAUAACGUGAGAUGCUCAAACUCAUGUCGUAGUCACCUGCUCUAUUCUUGAAGGCGGGUGAGAGGUUCAUUUCUAGGUGAGCGAAAGGAUGAAUUAUUACCGACUCGAUGUUCAUUUAAGUAUCUGUCAAUUCAUUUACGUUAUUUUCGUUUACAUGAUUUCGCUCGGGCAUUCCGUUUAGAUUUCUGGAGUAUUCGAUUAAAGUAUUCUUGGGAAACAACAUCAGCUGAUUCUUUUGAAUUUGUUUCUUUGUCUGACACAACUUUUAGUUAGCACUUUUAAUAACCAAUCUAUUAAGGUAAGAUGUUCCGAAAUACAUUUUUUUCUAUUGUAGAUUUGUGAGGUAUUUUCGAGUGUUGAAGGACUUGUUUCGUCACCUUGUGAACAUCGUUGAGAGAGAACUGGGAUCGACAAUAAAUUCAACAUCUGUUUUUCUGAUAAUAAAACUCGCCGCCACCAUGAGAUUCUUAGUUGAAGGGAGCUAUCAAAAAGGCGCCGGAAACGACUUUUUCGUGGGUAUAGCACAAUCUAGCAUGUCCAAAGCACUUUCACAAGUAAUUGACAUACUCAUGACUAAAGUACGCCUAGAUGCAAUCAAGUUUCCUAUGGAAGAAACAGAAAAAAAAGCGAUCAAGUUGGCAUUUUUCCAGAAGUCAGGUUUUCCUAGGUUUUCCAGGUUUCCCGUUCGUGGAUGGGACGCACGUUGGAAUCUUUCGUCCAGCGUCCGAUAUUCAGUACUUGUAUUUCAAUCGGAAAGGAUAUCACAGUCUCAAUGUAUUGAUUGUUUGUGAUCAUCAAUUAAUGAUACGAUACGUUGAUGCAAACUAUCCAGGAUCUAGCCACGAUAGCUUUAUUAGGAAUGCUAGUUCAUUGGAUAGUUACCUUUCAACAAAUUAUCAACGUGGAGAAAGAAAUACUUGGCUGCUAGGUGAUGCUGGAUAUCCUCUGAAACCAUAUUUGAUCACAUAAUUUCGAAUUUAUUCCAAUUCUUCUGCUCCGGAUAAAUCUAAAUUCAAUUAAAUUUUAUCGAAGACCAGAGAAACCGUGGAAAGGUCAAUCGAAGUGCUAAAAAAUGUUUUCCGUAGCGUAUUGGGCACAGAACAAUUACACUACAAACCAGGGAGUGUCCAUUGAUCAUAGAAACGUUUCGUGCCCCCUAAAAUCUUCACAUGCCAAAUUUGGCUCCAUUUGCUUGAUUAGUUUUCGAGUUAUGCAGAAAUUUGUUUUUCAUUUGUAUGGCAGCCCACCCUUAUGGCGGGUUUACACUAGGGCGAUCUAUAGCUAUAGAUGGAUUUAUUCACCUUAAAAUAGGUGUAAACGGGUGCGAAUAAAUAUGAAACACUUAUUCUAGGUAUAUAUAACUUGAAUAAAUUCAGCAUAUGUAAACGCUUGUGAAUUUCUCACUGGUGAGAAAUCAUUAUAGUUGGAUGUAGUUCUACUUCAGGUGAAUAAAUUCACCGAAAAUAUGAAUAUAUUCAUUAUAGAAGUUCACGCUAGUGUAAACGGUUGAUGCGAUUUCUAUAAAUCUCAUCAUAUUUCUUCACAUGAAUAUAUCACUAGUCUAAACCCACCCUUAGAGAGGGUGGAGUGCCUAACCACCAUAGAAACAUUUAUUGUCCCUUAAAACCUCCACAUGCCAAAUUUUGUUCCCUUUGCGUGAUUAAUUCUCGAGUAAUGCUGAAAUUUGUGUUUCAUUUGUUUCAUUUCAUUUUCAGGGGGGAUGGGUCUCAAACUAUCACGAAAACCUUCCCCGGCCCCAAAAACCCUUACACACCAAUUUUCAUGUCGAUCGGUUCAGUAGUGUCCGAGUCUAUAAGAAUCAGACAGACAGACAGAAAUCCAUUUAAAUAUAUAUAUAUAGAUUAUGUAGCUAACAUAUAUAUAUACUUGUCUGUUGUAAAUGAUGUUACUCAAUUCAAGCUCAAUAAAUAAAGUUAGAAUUAUUGAAUUUAUAAAAUUUGAAUUAUUGUUUCAUUUUGAAGUUUUGAAUUUCUUAAACCACAUCAACCGGCGCAAGGAAAAAAAUUACAAGUUGAAUAAAGUAC